AAAGUCCUUAAAAAAAUAUAUACAUUAGUAUUUAAAAACACUUGCAUUAGCAAUUAAUAUAUAAAUAAACAAACAAAUAAAUACGUCGCGAGAUAUAAGUGAACUUUGUCUUUAGUUAUAAAAUAGAGACGAAAGAAGAACGAGAAGGAGAAGUAAGAGGAGGAGGAGGAGGAAGAAGAGGAGGAGGAGGAGGAAGAAGAGGAGGAGGAGGAGGAGGAGGAGCGCAACGUAUCAUUAGAUGAAAAAUUGUCGUGUGUAUUUUGAGAUCUCUCAUAUGAGAUUGUGGAAGUAGUUGUCUCUAUAGUUAAAACAACCUUGCGUGGGUGCACGUAAUACAUCGAAAACUCUAUUUAUAAGUAGGAGAACAGAAAACGGUGUUUUAUUAUUAUCCGAAAUAAAAUUGGUUUUAAGAACGGCGGGAAGGAACGACGACGACGACGACGACGACAAGUUCGGGCGAAGAAAACGCGACGGUUUCUUGUAUUUUAUAAAUAUCGUCUUUACACACGAACGAAUAUAUACAUACAAACACAGGAUCGCAUUUAUACUUUUAAAGACCCUCUUAGACGCACGAUAUUGUUGUAUUCUCAAAAGAACAAGUUUAAUAAUAUUAAUCAAAUUCUUACGCAAAUUUUGUAUACGUUUUUUUUAUUCUACCUUCUGUUUUAUUAGCUCAAUUUAAUUAGUAUGUUUUAUGUAUUAUUAUUUUUGAUAAGUAGAGUCUUAAGAUUGAAAAAGAAAAAAAAGAAAAAAAUAAAACAAAAAAUACGUAGUCCCAUAAAGAGCGAAGUUCCAACGUGCAUUUAAUUAAAUACGGCCCUGGCAAGUAACAUUUAGAUAGGAAUUUUCUAUUUAAAAAAGAGAAGAUGAGGAAGGAUCGUAAAGUUGUUUCGACGAAAGUAAAUGGAAAGGGGAAUAAGAAUGAUAAAGAGAGAAAAAAAAAAAGAAAAAGAAAAAAAACUGAGAUUAAGUAAAUUUCGGUUGGAAAAGAUUAAGUGAAGAAGGAGGAGGAAAUGGAGGAAGUAGAGGGUGAGAGAAGAGGGUCAGAAAGAAACGGGAGGAGGAAAUAUAUCGAUUUCUUCUAGUUUAGCGAGUAAACGGACAUGCGUCGGGAUUCGGAUCGCUGCUGGAAGUUGACGGAAAGGAGGUGUGACCAUAAUCGCGAACAACGUAAUGUUCAUUCCGAAUUCCGUUAGAAAGAAGAUACUCGUUAAAUUAAUCAAGAAUUUAAGAAAGAAGAAGCAGCAGAUUUCGGCAAAGAAAAUAUGCCGAUUAUAACAAAAUUGUAAUUUGAUAACUCCCGAGAAAAGAGAUUGCUUUUUUUUGGUCAUUCUUGUUUCGCCUUUUUGCUUCUUUUCUUCAACAAAAUAAUCAAGAAGACAACAUGCAGCGUGUUCUUAGUUUUCAAAUGGCUCGGGGAUUUGGCGAAUCGAGCGAAUUCGUAACGAAACGCAUGUGUUUUUCCUUCCUUUUCUCAGUUGGAUUUAUUUGUCUACUUUGUGGUUUCUUACUUGGCCGAUUUGCUUCUGAAAAAUCGAUAGAAUUUCGCGCUCAAAGGAAACGACUCGAAUUUGAUGGUAAUGGAUUAAAACAUAACGAACAUCUUCAACAAUUUUUACUACAAAAAUUAGGAGAAACAUCCUACCAAACGAGUUGGACAAAUUCCGUCAGUAAAAAAAACGAAACUUCAAAAAUUGGUGAAGUAUUAUCCGAUUUACCGAUUUUUCAUCAAAUUGUUACAAAUGAUUCUUUUGUUCUUGCUACUUCUCGCGGUUCUCGAGAACGUGACAGAUUCGUGAUUUUAUCCGCAAGUGGAAAUGGGAUUGAUAUCGCGUUAGAGUUGGCAAAAGUAUUAAAUCAAAUACGGGUGGAAUAUAAUUGGAAAUCACGUCGCACGCUCAUAUUUUGUUUAUUCUUUGGUUCUUUAGAUAUUUGCCCAACUAUGAUGUCUAAUUUUAUACGUCAUAAAAUUGUUGCUUAUAUCGCUUUAUAUGACGACAAUUUACAAGGUAAUGGUAAUUUUAUCUCUGCCGGAUCAGAUGUGAUACAAUCUAUCAUUCUCCAAGAAGUUGGUAUCAUCAGAAAUUUAAACUCUUUUCUAAACCAUAACGUAUUCGAUCUGAAUAAUCAAGCAUAUCAGAAAGUUUUAUUUCCACGGCUCGCAUUAGAUAUUCCGCAUGCCGUCAUUUCCUUUAUGAAAAACAACAAUACUGUUAACAAUGAAAGUUUCAAAUUGCAUCGUAUUCCUUUAAUGCAAUUAAUAGGCGACACCAUUUGGAGAUUAUCCGAAAGUUUAGUCUUUCAUUGGAAUGUUAAAUACUUUAACGACACCAUUAACAACGUAUUGGAAACCAUAAAUGUAUCCAAGUUUUUGGAUAUAAAAGAUGAAAUUAAAGAGAACGUUGAGACAUUAAUGUCUGGAGUAUUAGAACUUAACCAAAGGAUUGAUACGACUGAUGUUAGCAAGUCCUUGAAUACAAGAAUACUGAAUGACAUAUUAUUGGACUUGGACAGAUCGCUUUUAUGUCCAGACAAAUAUUUUCGCUCAAAGACUGACUUAGCGUCAUUUCACACGUUGUCAGAACAAUCACCAUUCAUGUUGAGUUAUUUAAGCGAUUUACAAAAAUGUUACGAUGCAGCUGUUCAAUUGCUACAAGAAUGGUAAUCAAAAAGAAAAAGAGAAAUCUAAAAAAUCUAACAAAAAAUAGUAGAAGAAAGUUAAAUAUUUAUAUAGAAAAAAAUAUGUAUAUUUACAUUUCAAUAGACUGUGGUAAUGGGAAAAUAUUACCACUGAAUGCAGACUGCUAUCACAAAACGAUGUACUGUAAACUUUUAUAAAAAAUAAUUUCAAAUGUAAACAUUUCUAUACAAGUUUUUAAUUUCCAUUUUUAACGAUAUACCAAUAUGAAAGAUUUGUAUACUAUUUGAAUAUAUGUAAAGAAAGAAAAGAAGGUAGAAAAUAUAACAUUUAUCUGAGA